AAGAAAAAGGAAGCCAAUAAAAUCACUCUCUAACACAAUUACCACUUUUUCUUUUUUCCUCUCUCACACACUCAAUUCUCUCUGCAACAAACAUAGAAAGCCAAAAAAUUCGCAAUUUGCAUCAGUUGAAAAGAAAAACAAAACAGGUAGUUGAUUAGCUUCUUUUUACUCCCUUUUUUUUGGGUUGGGAAUAGCUGUUUGACUCUAUGAGCAAAGAAAGGCCACCAGAGCCUCUGGAUUUCUUUAUUUGGACUGUUGAGGAUGUUGGUCUAUGGUUGGAAGAAAUAAAUCUCGGUGGCUAUCGUCAAAUUUUCAAAGAGAAUGGUGUUAAUGGGGAGUACUUGGAGGGUAUGUCUAUGUUCACGACUGAACAGAUACUAAGGUUUAUAAGAAGGUGUCACAUGAAAUGGGGAGACUUCAUAACACUGUGCAAGGAGCUCAGGAGGAUAAAAGUGGCUUGCUUGAAGGGAGAGCAAAAAGUUCGCCAACCUUGGUGGGCACCGUCAUGUCUCUCUAUAGUAUUUACCAAGGUGGCCAAGCGUAACAGGCAAUCUAGAGUGGUUUCACUGAAGCUGGAACCUUGACACUGAUAUUGCCCUUGUGUAUGUAUGUUUAAGUUGUAUCUUAAGAGGACAGGGAGUAGGAAAAUCACUUGCCUACGUAUAAUUUUUCGCUUUUUCUUUGUUGGUUCUUCUUUGGAGAACUCCCUCCCCUGUCCAAGCAUUUCUUAUACAUAGUUUUGUAGUCUGUCUUUGUUCUAAAUUAGUUUUGAUGAAUAUAUACUUAAAUGAAGCAAAGAGAUACACUUAUGUAAAUCUCAACCUGCACUAUUCGUAUUGAAACAAAAAUUGAUACUCCAAUACUUUGGUGCAGAUUGGAUGAUGUUGUUAUAGAAAUUUGCUUAUUUUGUA